AUGGUUAAAGAAAUCUCCAUAGACACAUUGGUUGUCUCUUCAAACAACGAUGACCAGCACAACUCUUCAGUUCCCCCAUUGUAUCAAACAACAACUUUUAAACAAAAAUCAGUGACCGAUAUGGGUCAAUAUGACUAUACAAGAUCUGGUAACCCAACAAGAACCCAGUUGGAAGGUCAAUUGGCCAAGAUCAUGAAGGCUCAAAGAGCUUUUGCAGUUACAAGUGGUAUGGGUUGUUUAGAUGUCAUUACAAGAUUAUUGAAACCUGGGGAUGAAGUUAUUGCUGGUGAUGAUCUUUAUGGUGGUACUCAUAGAUUAUUGACUCUUUUGAAUGAAAAAGGAGCUGUUAAUUUAAAACAUAUCGAUACAACUGAUACUGAAGUGGUUAAAUCUACUUUAAGUGAAAACACAAAGAUGAUUUUCUUGGAGAGUCCAACUAAUCCAUUAAUUAAAAUUGUUGAUUUACCAGAGAUUUCUAAAUAUAUUAGAAAAAAUUAUCCAAACUGUUUGAUAGUUUUUGAUAAUACCAUGAUGUCUCCAUUAUUAUUAAGUCCUUUACAAUAUGUUGAUAUUCAAUAUGAAUCUGCUACAAAAUAUUUGAAUGGUCAUCAUGAUAUUAUGGCUGGUGCAAUUGCAGUUAAUGAUGAUAAAUUAGGUAAUGAUAUUUACUUUAUAAUAAAUUCAACAGGUUGUGGAUUAGCACCUUUUGACUCUUGGUUAUUAUUGAGAGGUUUAAAAACUUUAUCAAUCAGAUUUGAAAGACAGCAACAAAAUGCUGAAAAAUUGGCUGAAUGGUUAGAAUCUAUUGGGUUUAAAGUCAGAUAUCCUGGAUUAAAAUCUCAUCCUCAACAUGAAUUACAUAAAUCUUUCAACAAAGGUUUUGGUGCUGUUUUAUCUUUUGAAACUGGUUCUAUUUUGAAAAGUGAAAAAAUAGUGGAAGGUACUAAAAUUUUUGGUGUUACUGUUUCAUUUGGUUGUGUCAAUUCAUUGAUUUCAAUGCCAUGUAGAAUGUCUCAUGCUGCAAUUGAUCCAGAAAUUAGAAAAGAAAGAAAUUUACCAGAAGAUAUCAUUAGAUUAUGUCUCGGUAUUGAAAAUAUCGAUGAUUUAAUUGAGGAUUUAAAAGAUGCUUUAAUUUUGAGUGGUAUUGCCAAAUUAGUUGAUGGUAAAUUAGUUAAACAACAAGUUGCAAAGUUAUAG